AUGCCAUUAAACGAGGAGUCUAAUCUCGUUCCUCAGACGGCUCCACUUGUUUCGUCCACUUUGCCUGCUCCUCACGACCCGUUGUCUGUGUCGGCACAGACUUUCACGCCGCCAGCUCUCUCUGUCGAUCCCGAUGUUGUCACGCCUACCGGUCCCUCCUCUCCUUCUGCAACAUCUGAUCCGUCGACCUCGUCUUUCCCUGUUUCGGUCUGCCCUUCCGACGCGUCUACAUCCACCCCUUCGAACCUCCCCUCUGACGCGUCUACCAUAACCUCUGCCAAUCUCCCCUCCGACGCAUCUACCACAUCCGCUCCGUCGACCGCUCAUCUAGGCACUCAAAAGGGACCGAAAGGAGCGCGUAACGUGCAGUUCAAAACCUCUGGUGCCAAGCGUGGUCGCAAGAGUACGUGGCCUCCCAAGAAGCUGGCUUGGCUCGAAAGCCAUGUCACCCAAUGCAUCGCUUCUGCUGACCGGAUGGCAUUCUACGACCGUAUUCUCUUUCUAUGGUGGAGGAUUUUUGGGCGAAGCCUUCCAUUGAAGGAGGAUCCCGAGGGAGACAUCGACGAGGCUGCCGCCAUCGCGAUGGAUGUUUCGGAGGAGGCUCUCACCGAGGAGGAGAAGCGGCGGCGGAAGCUCGCAGAUAGGGAGCUUCGUGAGAUCCUUGCAAACUGGUUCCGUAAUCGCAUGGGCAAGAUCGACAAGUCCAACGAUGGCUCAACGUUCGCCGACUUUAUCGACAUCCCGCUCACCGGUGAGGCUCGUACUCUCCCUCGCCGGCUCGGUGUCCUCAAGUACUACAUGUCAAACUACUGGGAAGCCCGCAUCAAGAAUGUCUUCAUAGAAAUACGGGAUCGUAACAACGCACUUUGGGAGGCAAUGGUGGCUUCCGGUGAGUCAGCGGGGCAAAAGAAACCGGAGUCGGCAAGUGCGCAAAAUGAGGCGGUCGCGAGGGUGUGGGCGUCCGAAACGGACGAGUUCAAAGCCAAGGUCAAGAAGGAACGGGAUGAGGAAAGGAAGUUGGCAGAGGAUGAGCUCCAAAGGUUGAUGGCACCGAACGACGGUCCGCAUGAGCGCACUCCGGAAGAAUAUCAGGCAGCCAUCGACAAUGCCGCCAAGAUCCUCCAGCCCGUCGUGUCCGCCAUCUUCGACAAGAUGGGCCUUGUCUCCACCCUCGUUAUCGCCGGUCCAAUGCCCAACAAAAAUGGAGAGAUCAAGGUUCGCGCCCUCACGCACGGUCGAACUGCUGACUUUGAGCAGCAGCUUUUCCCGGACGCAAUGAAGACCCAGUACUUCGCCAUAUGCAGCGCGAUGCAUGACUUUGCUGCAAAGUGCUUCCCCAAGUCGGUUUGCGAAUCACGAGCACUGAAGACUGAAGGCCAGGACCCAAGUCCCUUCCCCGACAGCAGUGCUCCCGCAAACCCUCUCCCGGCCACGUCGGUGACUUCGCCAUCACCUACACCGACCGCGGUUUUACCUGCCCCAUCCCGCCCAUUGCACGAGGAAAGCGCGAACGCGACUUCGGCAUCGGCAUCGGCAUCUCCUUCGCCAAGCUCGACCUCGGUUCCCACCCUUCCCACGCCGUUGACGCCCACGACAUCGAUGUCCACGCCGGUCGAAUCCAACACAGGCCUCUCAGUACCCACACACAUAGCACCGUCAUCCUGCUCCCCCGCCGACGGUCUUCAUACUCCCGAAACACACCCGAAUACAAACGGGCCCACCGUUGCUCCCAAACCUCGACCACGUCCCGUCCCUAUCCCCAAACCCACCGUACCACCGCCUGGGGCUGCACCGAACGUCCCCAACACCAUACCGGAUCAUCUAAUAGACCCGGCGCUUCUUGAGAAUGGCGGCCUCGCGCUAUCCACAGGGCCACAUGCCCCUGCCCCUGUUGCUCCCUCCACCGCGUUGAUGCAGCCUCCCUCGCCACAUGUGCCCAUCUUCGCAGUAGCGGCACAGCGCCGGCCUCAAACCCCACCCCCACUUCAACCUCCCAAAAGCCGGAGCCCCUUAGGACCACGCCAGUCCCAGCAGUCGUUGGCCUCACCUCCGAGUCCUGCUCAUACAUCCAUAAUGGAGGUAUUCAAGGAAACACGUCCGGCUGUCCCGCCUUUACAAAGUCCGCCGACCCAGUUAUCGACCAGAGUGGUAUCCGAGGAUGUGAAUCCGCCCGACCUCCAUACAUCCGUGGAUCCGACGAACCUCCCGCAGAGGAUGGAGAGGUAUUACAGGUUAUUUGUGAAGGGGAAGGGCAGGUGGGGGGAGGGCUGGGCUCGAUGUGUUGAGGCCUUUGUAAGGGUUGAAGGUAUUGAUGGGUGCCCGGUUGAGAGCAACGGUCCCCGGUUCACGUCGCAGUCAAGGCCGGGCGAAGUCGAAAAGUGGUUCAAGUAUGCCCGACCGAUAGAGGACAGACCUAUAGAAGACCUGGAUGUUUGGGCCCGUUCUUGGUGGAGCUGGUGGGAAAACCUGGCACCUGGGCGAUCGGUUUGUCGGGGAAGUCCUGAGGAUUCUGUCAAUGCCGAUGGAUUCUCCUGGGCUUGCCUGAAUGUCACAACGAGCUGCGGCCUUCUCGUUGUGAUUACAUCCCUUUCUUGGUGGGGUUUGGCGGUGAUGAAGCCAGAGAUGGAGCCGGAGAAGAUCAGGGAGUGGGAGGAUGCUGUGGCGGAGGUUCGAUACGCGUUUACGAAGGUCGCAGAGUUCAAGGAGGCCGAGGAAGCGGAGGAGGAGGAGAAUGAGGAGGAGGAAGGACCUACGGGGUCGUCUCCGAAGGGGCGCAAACGAGGGGCCCCGUCACACUCCGCUCGUCGCCGAGCCAAUAAGAAGAAGCGCACUGGGUAG